AUGGCUGGCAGUGAAAGAGGAAUUAAAGUUCAAGUCGAAAAGAUAUUGCAGCUUCUUAAUAGCAAAGAACAAGAGAAAGAUGAUGGAAGCACAUCAGAUUCAGAAACGGAUUCAAAACUUGUCGGUCUCAUUGAGGGCAUCCACAAUCAUUAUCAAUCGCUCUAUACAAGGAAUAGAAGCAGGAAAGAAAGACAAGCUUCAGCUUCAUCAACCUCCAGCUCAGACUCUGACUAUCACUCCUCCGAGGACUUUGAGAGUAAUAAUGGCAUGUUGAGAAAUGGGCAGCAGGAGAUGUCUGCAACUGAAGAAAAUGAAGCUUCAGACUCUGAAAAUCUGGAACCUUUGAGAAAAACACAAGCAUCAGAGGAGGGUCAAAUAUCUGGCAUAAAGCUUGAGCUUGAAGCCUUGCGUGCCCAGAAAAUAGAUUUGGAAUCGCAAUGUGCAAAGAAGACAUCUGAAGCUAAGCAGUUGGAAAAGGAAAAUGAAGGACUGCAGAAGAAAUUGAAGGACAAUGAGAAUGACUUAGUAUCUAAAAUAGAGGACUUGAAAGCACAGGUAAGCCGUCUGCAAAUGGAGGUCGAUUCUUCACGUGCUUCAGAAAAAAAAUCAACAGGGCUCGUCAAUGGCUUAAGGGAUCAAGUAAAUUUAAUGCAAAGGGAUUUGAUAACUUUAACUAGACAGAAAUCUGAGUUGGAAUUGCUCCUGCAGGAGAAAAACAAAGAAAUUUCUGAAUACCAGAUUCAGAUUAAGAAUCUAAAAGAUGAACAAAACCAUGUGACUGCAGUUGGGCAGAGGAUGCUGAAAGAGAAAGAAAGCUAUCUCGUCCGGGUGAAGGACCUGGUUCUAGAAUUGGAAUCUUUAAGCUCCCAGAAAAACAAAUUAGAAGAGCAGCUAGAUACCAAACUUCAUGACACUAAACUGUUAAGAGAGGAAAAGAAGAGUUUGCAAGGAAGACUUUCAGAGCUCACUGAUCAGCUUUCCGCCCUUCAAAGAAGUUAUGAAGGUAGAGAGAAGGAGGCUUCUACUCAAAUUCUGGCUUUAAAUGCACAAGUUCAGAAUCUGCAGCAGGAGUUACAUGAUUUACAGUCACAAAGAAGUCAGCAGGAACAACACAACAAAAAAUUGACAACCAAGCUUGCAAAUCAGGAGAGUAUCCUGAAGGAACAAGAGGAAACUAUCAACAGACUGACUGAUGAAUCCAGAGAAGUGAAUCGUCGGAUGUCCGGGUCCAAGAUUAAUCUUCAAGUUGCAGAAAGGAGAAUGUCAGAGUUGGCAGAAGAAUUUCGGAAGACAUUUGAAGAUAACAUCCGGGUAUUGAACAGAAGAAUCCUGGUUGCGGAACAACUACAUAAUGAAAACAAAGAGAGUUAUAAGAAGACAAAAGAGAGGCUGGAGGAAGAAUAUAGCAUGAUGGAGAAAAAGAUUGCAACUCAUGAAAUUGAAUUGAGAAAGCUGAGAGAUGUCUUCCAACCAGGAAGCAAAUCAUUGCCAGAAUUGAACUCAGCAGCUGGGAAUUUUGAGGGGAAUGGGGACUUACUGAGCCGCAUUUCCGAAAUUUCCACUGAUCUUGUUUUUGCAAAGAAUUGGGUCACUGAUACAUUACAUGAGAAGAAUAAAUUGCAGAAAGAAGUGAAAUGUCUAGCUGAAAAGCUAGAUGACAAGGAGGAACAAGAAUCUCUUUUGAAGGAUAAGGUAUUGAAGUUAGAAGCCAAUCUGGAAACGCAAGGUGGGGAGAAGAUGAAUUUGUUAAAAACUGUGAGCCAACUUGAGAGACUGUUAGAAGAACUAAAGGGCAAAAUAGAAGCUAAAGAAGAAAGGUUGUCGAGUCUUGCAGAGGAGAAGAGGGAGGCGAUAAGGCAGCUCUGUGCUGCUAUUGAUUCUAUCCGCUGCGACUACAAUCAUCUCAGGCAUGAAAUCUCCAAGAAGACUCUUCAAACCAAAAAAUAA